AUGCGGCGGCUGCAUAUAUUCGGUGGAUCAACACAUGAUGUCCUGAUAACAGGAAUAUGUGAGCAUUUGGGUCUCCGGCCAGGGCCAAUAUCGCUAUCAACGCUUUCAAACAGUGAAACACAUGUUACACUUGGAUCGAGCGUACGAAAUAGUGAUGUUUAUAUUGUCCAAACAGUAGGGAAUCGGGCAAAUGAUGCACUGAUGGAGCUUUUUUCAGCAGUGCAUGCAUCAAAGGGUGCGUCAUCGCAGCGGGUGACGGCUGUGCUUCCAUUGUUUCCAUACAGUCGGCACGCUGGAGCAGCGCGGGCGCUUAUCCCGCGGCUGUUUGCGUCCGCUGGGUGUGACCACAUUAUUACGAUGGAUCUGCAUGAUCCACAGUUUCUUGGGUGGACUUUGGCGCUUGAUAUGGGUGAAAUUCAGUUUUUGCAUUGUAUUCGUCUAGCUGUUGAAUUAUGUUUUUUGAUUCAGCUUACCGUGGCCAUCUGCAGUUUGUUGCAGUCAUGGCUUAUCGCUGCCAGUGUAUUCAUCAGCAGUUUAUCGCACUUGUCUAGUGCAUGCUGUUUGCUGUCUGCUGCGCUGCGGGAACAUGCAAGUGAAGCGUAUACUGUACAGAUGCAACCAGUGUUGAUUACAUGCAGAUAUAUUCAACGACAUAUACCGGACUACAGAAAUGCGGUAAUUGUCUCUCCUGACGCUGGCGGCGCCAAGCGCGCAACAGUCAUUGCCAAUACACUUGAGUAUUGGCCGCCAUGUAGCCUGACCAGUCGUAGGAGCGAGACCUGGGUAUACGGUUCCAUGGACCAGACCCUGAAAUGGUGCUCGUCGGCGACGUGGGUGGCAAGGUUGCCGUCCUUGUGGACGAUAUCGUCGACACCGGUAUGUGCCGCCCAGGACUGUCCAUGCUUAUCCAGUGUAGCCCAGACUCUUGUGCAGGCUGCAAGAGUGCUCCGGGCCCACGGCGCCACGACUGUCUAUGCCAUGGUGACGCACGGGAUUCUCUCGGGUGACGCGGUCGAGCGGAUCAACACAAGCAAGCUCCAUAAGCUGAUUGUCACCAACUCGCUGCCGCAGACAGACAACGCCAAGUGCUGUCCAAAGCUUGUUGUGCUCGAUGUUUCGUUUGUCUUUGCCGAGGUACCUCCACCCUGUCCCACGGCAUCACUGACUGCUAAGGCAAUACGGAGAGUCCAUCACGGUGAAAGCCUCAGCAUGCUGUUUGACUAUAGUCUGUGA